AUGGGGGUCUCGGAGGAGAAGGAUGUUGCUGGGAGAAAAGAGGUGUUCAGAGCGCCCAGUUGUCCCGUGCCUCUCUUGCUCGAGAACAGCGCUCUGCCGCCGGCUUUGCCGGGUGACACCAAGGGUGCCAAAGAGCGGGUGGCUGGCCAGCCCAAGUCGCCGCUGAGGCUGAUUGCCAGCGCCAUAAGGAGGUCCCUUUUAGAUCCCCUGAGCUCCUCCCCAGAAGGGCCGAAGCAGAACUCGGACAGCAAAGCCAAAGCCUCCACAGAACAGACUUUCUUCAGCUUCCCUAAUACCCGUGGCCAUUCCCUGAGCCAGCUGAACAGUAAUAGAGCUAGUAACACACAGUCACAGGAGCCUAAAGUAGGCAAACAGGCAGCAGAAUAUUUAGGAAACAGGAGCCUAAAUCCAUGUAAUCCUUCUGUUGUCUCUGAAGAGACACCUCCAAGGGAUGGCACCCAGGAGGCAGCUUUUCCAGUCUACAAUCCUCAUAGCAUGCCUUCCAUGAUGGCUAGUAGACCUCAGAAGUCACCUUGCUCUGCUAGGAUGGAGGAUGUGCCAGGACUUCUAGAAAAGUUUACAUUUAAAGAGACUCCGCCAAGGGCUCCUAUGGAUGAUCUGUUUGUUUGUGAUGAUGUUUCACCCCCAGAGUGCAAAAAGAACCUCUCCAAAGACAGCCUGGAUGAUUCUGCACAGAAGAGUAGUCUUGGGAUGUUCUUUGAAAGGUUGAGAAGCAAAGUUAAUGAAAGAGAAAGGAGUUCCUUCAUGCCAUCUCUGCCUUUCACUAAGGACCGCUCUCCAGAAGACAAGCUAAGCUAUCCUUCCACAGUUUCUGAACACCUGCCUGUCAGAAGACAAGCCGCUGAGUAUUCUUCUUCUGAUGAUGAUGAAUUUGAAUCCAAGGUUUCAUUAACACACAAGGCAGAGAGGAGUCUCAGAAGGAGAAGGAAGCUGGAGAAGGAGACAAAGCAGCUGAUCAAACAAGAGGAGCUGAAGAGGCUUCACAAAGCACAGGCAAUCCAGCGCCAGCUAGAAGAACUGGAGGAAAGACAAAGAGCUCUAGAGAUUUUUGGUGUUAAACUGGAGAGAAAACUAAGAGGAGAAUCAGAUUCAGGCUCCCAAGAUGAAACUCAGAUGUUGCAUGAGUGGUUUGAGCUGGUUCUGGAGAAGAACAAACUAAUGCGUUAUGAGUCUGAACUCUUGAUUAUAGCCCAAGAACUAGAACUGGAGGACCACCAGAGCAGGCUGGAGCAGAAGCUGAGGGAGAAAAUGGCCAUUAAUGAUGGCCUUAAAAAUGAAAUGGAUCUGAAUGAGGAAGAUGAAAUUUUUACUGAGAUGAUGAAAGUAGUUGAACAACGGGAUAAACUUGUAUCUACCUUGGAGGAACAGAGAGUGAAAGAAAAAGCCGAAGACCAGCACUUUGAAAGCUUUAUGUUAUCUAGGGGAUAUCAACUAAGCAGGAUUUAAACAGCCACAUGCAAGUAAAU